AUGAGAUGUUUUCGACGCGCCCCUGCCCGUUUUCUCCACUCCGUGUCUGACUCUUCUCCUGCUUCCUGUUCGAGGCUCUCGGCGCGACCUUCGUUCUCUCCUUCCGCCCCCAAGCCGCUUUCCGACUGUGCUUCUUCCGGCGCUCACGAGCACCGUCGUGCCCUUUCUCGGUGCACCAACGCGAGAGAUCCGACUCGCUGGGAUGAAGAAGAAGCGGCAGCCCAUGUGGCAAGCACGUCGCCAGGCGCAUUCGCGCGGUGUGCGUCCACGCCUUCCUCUGGCUUCUCCGCUCUGGCUCUCCACUCCUCUUUUCCGCCCUCUCCCUCCUUCUCUCCAGUGAACUUCGGUUGCUUUCUGAAGACCCAAGAAGAUGUGGUUCAGAGCGCCUCGCGGCGUUCGCGACUUGCGCCUCCGGCGCCGCUGCGUUUCUUCUCUUCCGCCCCGAGGCCGCAUCAGGCCCCUAGAAAGGACGACCCACCCGACGUCAAGCGCCGAGGGCAAGGAGGCGCAGGCGCGCUGCUUCUUCGGCUAAAGUGGCACUCGAACUUCUACUCCGCUGGGCCGUCUGCGGCGCAGAUGCAUCCACAGUCGCUGCUGGCGUCGCCGUCUGGCGCCGCCAGCGCAGGCUCGGCACGGGCGCGCGAGAGAGAGGAAGAACGCGAGGCCCUGCUGAGGGAGACGUACCUCUGCCUGCCGCAGUUGAAGGCGAACGAGGCGGCUGAGGCCGCGUACCUGAUCGCGACCAUGUAUGAAGCCGGCGCGGGCGGUGAAGAGAAAGGCGACGUCCCGAUUGAGCUGCUCAAGGCGCUCCUGGUCCAAGUCCUCCGCCAGGACCCCGCGCGCACCCUCGCACCGGUAGCCCUGCACAGGUUUCUGCGCGUUUCGGCGCUCUAUCCGCACGCGGCGGAUCGCGGGCUGCUGGAGGACCUGGCGCUCACACUCGCGCGCCGCCACCGGCAUCUUUCUGUGACGUCUCUGCAGCUUAUCACAGAGGAUUUCUCGUCGUGCUUCUUCCCCGGUUUCCACCCGCUCUUCGCGGCGAUCGCAGACCACCUCACGGCGCCGCCUAGCGCCCGCCCGCGGACGCCGUCUGAGCGCGACGCCGACGAGCGUAAAGGGCGCAGAGACGCCGCCAGCGGCUCGGUGAGGAGAGGGGGCGUGGAGCGUGGAGACACCUGGGUCAGCGAGAAGGAGGAAGACCUCACUGCGACGCACGCGUGCUUCUUCUUCAACUCCUACUCGAGAACGAACUGCCAUCCUCCGCACUUCUUCGAACGUCUCUCGCGCGUCCUGGAAGAAAGCCUGGAGGCGCUUCAUCGCGCGCAAUUUUCCCAGGCGCGUUCCGCGCCCUCUGCGCCCGCGGCUCCGUCGUUUGCGUCCGCUUCGUCUUCGUCGGUCCCUGACCGCUUCAGCUUUUCCAUUCUGGCGCUCGGGCUGAAGGGCAUGGUCAACUGCGGAGUGCAGCCCUCGGAGAAGUUCGUGCGCCUCGCCGGCGAUUUAGUGACCAACUACAUCGACGACCCCGAGGCGUCGGUCCUCCACCAGCGCGGCGAGAAGCUGGCGACAAAGAGUCUCCUCCGGGCCCUGACGUUUUUUUGCAAGGCGCGCACGGCCUCGCUGGUUGCCGAGCUUUCUGCGCCUCCGGCGUCGCCCGCUGACGCGUUGUGCGCGGCGCCGUCGCCCUGCUCUGUGUCGUUUCCGCUGUUCCACGUUGCCUCGUGCCUAGCCGACAAGCUGCCGCCGCAUGCGUUUUGCUCGGACGACCUCGCCGACCUGAGCACAGCGGUGCGGUGCCUCGACGCGCUGCUGCUGUCCGCGUGCCCUGCCUCACAUUCGCUCGCUCUCCUCCUGCAGGACUUUUGCAGCGGGGCGGAGGACGAAGCCUUUCAGACUCUACGCGGCGAGCGAGGCACGAACCCCUCGGGGCGAAGCGGCGACGCGUCGGGCGCCAGCCCAAGCGCCCACGAGACCGGGGGGGCUGCGCAUGCGCUCGACGCCGCCAACCUGCCGCUUUCUUCUGCAUCCUCCUCGCCGUCCCCUGCGGCGCCUCCCGCUGCGUUCGCGCCUCUCGCCGGCGCGGUCUCAGGCGGGUCGUCGCCUGCCUCGCUGCGGCCGUGGCUCGCGCUGUACGUCAGGCUUCAGGCGCGCUUCCUGAGUCUGCUCAAACUUCAUCUGUCAAAUUUGCAUCCGUUCCAGCGAAUCUCCGUGCUGGAUCAGAUGCUCGCCACGUCUUCGCUCUUCCCGCCGGAGGCCAGGCGCGAGCCGAAGCACGCGGCGCUGCUCUGCGCGCUGAGAAGUUUGGGGCACGCCGAGGCAGUUACCCCGGAGGGCACACGGUCUGCCGGCGAGGGCGCGGCGGGCGCUGAGGACCUCGCGCCCACGCAGAGUGCGAGGCCGCCGGCAGGCGCAGCAGCCGUCGCGGGCGGUCGUGGCGACGCGGCGGUGUCUGGGCAUGGAGCCGCAGGCAGCCCGCUGGAGCCGCCGCCCUCGGGGUCUGCUCUGUCGGCGCCUUCCAGCUCUGAGGCGGCCGCGCCGCGGAGCCCUCCAGUGCUGUCGCCGGCGAUCGUGUCGCUCCUGCGGAGUAUUUACUAUCGCCUGGCGUCUCUGAAUCUGCGUUUGCUCUCGCUGCUUCUCGCUUCGCUUCACGCAGUGCACUUCUCCUUCCAAGGCCCGACCCCCCCGACGCGCACGCAGCAGCUCUGCGCGCCGCACAAAAAAGACGUCCACUGGAGUAACGCUUUCCUGCACAUCCUCGGCCGCGAAGGCAUGCGGAAAGUCGGCACCGCGACCCCCGAAGAAAUGGCUGAAUUCCUCCUGAGGUACUACGUCGACCUCGAGUGCUUCGACGUCUGCAUCGAGCCUCUCACCUUCUACGUUGAAAAGCUCGCUAUGCUUCACCAGCUCCGGCAGCUGGCCCCAGCGGUCUUGGAUGCGCUCGCGGUUACUCUGCAGGCAGCUUUGGCCACGCCUCACGGCCUGCCAGCGCUCCAGGACCUGCCGGAUGGCGCCCGCACGUUCGCAGACCACGUUUCGCGCCGCACGGUCUCUGUGUAA